AUGGUUGAUAGGCAAACCAUCAUAUUUGUCAUCAUAAUGGUGAUUUUCUUCACCUUACCUCCGGGGUCAGAACAACCAUUGGCCUCGGAAGAUAGAGAGGUCCUCCAGAAGUUCAAAUCAAGCCUCAUUCAAAGUCGAAGGCAGGUGUUCGACUCACAAUAUUGGCUAGGGUAUGGGAACUUGACAGGCCUCAAACUUUCAUAUCAGGACAAUGUCGAGAAGAAGAACGUCCUGUUAUGGCCCUUUCGGGACUACUCCAAGUCUAAUCCAUGGAAGGAAAGGGAACAAGAUAGCAUAUUGCCCAACGAAGUUAGCAAAAGGGUGAACGAGCACUGGGGAAACGAACCUGUUCUUUCCAGUGGUGACCAUGCAUAUCCACUCAACAUCUCAGGGCAGCUUUUCGGAGACUUUGAUGUUGUCAAGCCGCUGGUGGCUUUGAAGCCUUUGCGCUUAAGGCUACCGAGAUAUUUGAAGGAUUACUAUCUGUUAUACAAACAAGAGAAGUACGAGGAGGAGAAGCAAAGGUACGAGCUGGAUCCUGAGACGAACUCCCCUCCUCAAGAGAUAGAGGGAAGCCGUAGAAAGGCCGGCAACAUCACCACUUUCAACGAAGGCAAAAUGGAACUCGAACUACAUUCGCUAGGUUACAACUACUUAAACCCUGAGCUUGCAGACUUUGUCAAGAACAAUCCUGCUUCGAGGAUCGAAGAUGCUAUCAUCGUCACCAUGGGUAUGAACUUGAAAGACUACCCGGAAACACACGACGACGAGUUCAAGAUGUUGGGCGUCUACUUUCAAUCAACGGGUGCGUUGGUGGCGUCUACUAAGUCAGCCAAGUUCCAGGGAGGUCAUGCUCUUCCUCAUUUUACGAUGAAUGAGAAGAAUUUCAACGUAUCAAAGACUCUCAUGAGCCAGAUUGUCAACGUGACUGACAUCGAACAGGAAGUCUCUAUCGAUGACAUGAACAACGCCAUUGAAAGAUCGCAAGACCAAUGUGAGUACAUUACGUAUUUUCAGUUGGACAAAACCGAAUACACUCGUGAACAGCUUCGUGCGAUCGAUGACGAGUUGAUUCUGCCUCAAGGAGCUCCAAUUCCUAAAAGACUACCCCAGCUUGAGAUUACUCAUGCUGUGGUUUAUUCACCUGAUUGUGGAAUACUUCUUGAGAAUAAGAAGUCUGAAACUUUUGGAGGCAUUCGGAUGGAGAUUUCAAAGGCUAGAGUUCGCCAGAUGGCGAUCGGGGUAUUGCUUCUCACUGCAAUCGAGCUCAAUCUUCUAUUGAGACAAAUGAAACGCUGUAGGAGUCCGGGCCAGUUGUCUAAUGUUUCUUCUGUCACUGUCUCCAUGCUUGGCUUCUGGAUGCUGGUGACGCUCGUUUACUUUUUAUUAAGGUCAUUGCAACAAAGUGAGCUUUACCUCAUCUUGACAUGUGUUUCGGUAAUAGCUUCCCUUCUAUGUCUCAACCAGAUGAGAUUGUUGGUGAGUGUUUUUACAGCACAAGAGAAUGAGAGAGGAACAAACUGGUGGGAGAUUUUACGAGGCUCGCUGGUAGAGGGACAGAGUCAUAGAACUGAAGAAGAAGCAAACCAGCAAGGUACGCCUGAAGACAAUGGUAAUACCAAUGAAGCCGUUGCUCCAGCAACAACUGCUGCUACUGCAGCGCAAACGAAUACGAUCCAGCAGCUUUCUGACGAGGCUCGUUACCCAAAUAUGAUUUUCUUUGUUGGAUUUGCAUUGACAUGCAUUGCCAUGAUGUUGAUAUCAGGUAUUUCUACUUGGAGGAUUACCUAUCGGAGAACAGCUGAGUACGUUAUUCUCCUAGGAUUCAAUUCUUAUUGGAUCCCUCAAUUCUUCAGGAGUACAUUGAAGAACAGGACACGCGUGUUUCUGUGGGAGUAUGCAAUUGGUACUUCCCUUGUACGCUUCAUUCCAAUAUUCUAUAUGUGUCUCGACAAGAAUAAUGCAGUUCGCCACCAUCAUGAUCCAGUUAUGGCUGUUGUCGUGUUCAGCUGGGUCUUCACUCAGCUAUUUUUCCUUUACUUGCAAGACUGCUUAGGAGCUAGGUUCUGGGUGAAAGAAAACUGGUUACCAGAGCAAUACAACUACCAUCCUAUUAUCAAUAUCAAGGAUUCGGAAAGCGGCUUCUCACUGGAUAUUUUGGCGAAUAUGAGACCACAAAGUGCCGACAAGGACCUUGCAAUUUGUGACAUCGAUUGUGCAAUCUGUAUGUCGACUCUCCAAGUGCCGGUGGUGUCGGGAGAACAUUCAGCUGCUUCCAAAAAGAACGUGGACAAUAUGAUGAAGGAAAUCAUGGUCACACCGUGCCGUCAUAUUUUCCAUGUUAAGUGUUUGGAGGACUGGAUGGUGUACAAGCUACAGUGUCCUGUUUGCCGUUGUGCCUUACCUCCGGUUUGA